CAGUUACUGAGAGCACCAUGUCAUAUAACUUGUAAUAAAAACGUCAUCUUGGUUGCUAAUACAGUAAGCUCGUUCUUUCCCAGUUACAGGUGGAAACAGGACGUUUUUUCUCCAUAAGACACCUGUUGUCCCUGUUAACCCAUCAGAAAAAUAGGUACCUGGGUGUUAGUUGGCUGGUAUGGGUCGCAUCCUGGGAUAAAAGUGACCUAAUUUGCCCGUCAUGCUCUGCAUAAGGGGCUUGAUAUCUAGUAUGUCACUCAGCUGGUGCCCCGUGAUUCUUUUUGAUGUUAAUAAACAGUGGUGUCCCGGGGCAAUCCCAGACAUGGGUGGAAACGUUGGACAUGUUUCCUUACACGCUGUCCCUGUUCAUCUAGCAGAUGGGUCGUUAUCGUGUAUGCAGUGGUACAUAUUCGAGGGCCCCAAAACCCCCAAAGACAGAGGAAGAGAAACGUGCCCGCUACAAGCAGCGUGUGGUUGUACCAAAAUUUGAUGAUCUAUUUAUUGAGAAAAAUGAAAAUGCCAGAGCUGAAAAUUCUUCAGAAGAUUCCAUUAAUGCACUUGUUAAAGGAGUGAAGUCAUUGGCCCUUUCUGAAGAUACUUUGCUGAAUUCCAGUACUGUAAGAAAGCCUCUUGCGGUCAACAGUCUCCUGGCUAAUUCUACAUUAGGUGCGAGUCGCAUUUCUGCUGAUAAUACCUUUGACAAACUUGUUGGAGAUGUCAGAUAUUCGACGACAGACGUUACACUGCAUAUUAAAAGAGAACAGAAAAAUUUCAGGUCUACGCAUGUCAUCCAUUCCAUUAGAGACAAGUUGUGGAAUAAAUAACUUGGAAGUUCAUCCUUGGGAAGAGGUUCAUAAUCGGUCAAAAUCAAGACUUCAGAUUACAUUCAAUAAUGAGGACGACAGAAAUCAGGCAAAUUUGAUACCUUCAGAUCCUCGGGAGCAUGUGCUAUUAUUGUGCGAGCAAGAGGAACCUUUGCCACUUACUGAUUGUUUCACAGAGAGAUGUUUAUGUUGUUGUAAGAAAAUUGGUGAGGGAGUAUAUGGUGAAGUAUUUAUGACUCAACCCAAUCCCAGUAGCUUGGAAGGUGCUGCAGUUCUUAAGGUUAUGCCCAUUGAGGGAAAUUUUUUGAUGUAAAGGAGAACC